CCAGUCUCCUCGAACUCGCCCAUCUUUUUCCAACACUUCUGUUUCUCAUUUGGAAAGCACAUCAUCGAGUCAUUGAGCAACAAUGGGUCGAAUCAACCAAUUCUUGAGCGCUGGCCUCGCCCUGUUGGCGACAGCAUCUGCUUCGGCGGUCAUUGACCUUGAUCCGAAGAAUUUCGAUGAUGUCGUCCUCAAAUCCGGCAAGCCCGCCCUCGUCGAGUUCUUCGCCCCCUGGUGCGGACACUGCAAAACUCUCGCCCCCAUCUACGAAGAGCUGGCGAGCGGCUUCGAGUUUGCCAAAGAUCGCCUCGUCAUUGGCAAAGUCGACGCCGACGCGGAGAAGACUCUGGGCAACCGGUAUGAGAUCUCCGGCUUUCCGACGCUGAAGUGGUUUGAUGGCAAGAGCGAUACCCCGGAGGACUACAGGAGUGGACGUGAUUUGGAGAGCCUGACGGCCUUCAUCUCCGAGAAGACGGGCAUCAAGCCGAAGGCCAAGAAGGCUGAGCCUAGCGCGGUGGAGAUGUUGACGGACUCGACGUUCAAGGAGCAGAUUGGUGGGGAUGCGGAUGCCUUCGUGGCUUUUACUGCCCCGUGGUGUGGACACUGCAAGACCCUCGCGCCAACGUGGGAGUCCCUCGCAGCCGACUUUGCGCCGGAAAAGAACGUCCUCAUCGCCAAAGUCGACUGCGAGGCACCCAACGCCAAGGCCACAGCGGAAGAAGCGGGCGUCACCAGCUACCCGACGAUCAAGUACUACCCCAAGGGUUCCAAGGAAGCCGUGGAUUACACCGGCGGCCGAUCGCCGCAGGAUCUAUUCAAGUUCAUCAACGAGAAGGCCGGCACGCACCGUGUGGUCGGUGGUGGGCUGGAUGCUCUUGCCGGCACCAUCCCGUCGCUUGAUGAGAUCGUUCUGACGCUCAAGACGGGCGGCGAGGAGGCGUACAAGAAGCUGGAAGCCGCGGCUGCUGCUCUCCAGGGCAAAUACGCCGAGUACUAUGCCAAAGUGGCCAAGAAGGCGGAGCAGAAUGCAGAGUAUGUGGAGAAGGAAUCGAAGAGGUUGCAGGGAUUGCUGAAGAAGGGUGGGCUGGUGCGGGAGAAGGAGGAUGAUUUGAUCAGCCGGAGUAACAUCUUGGCCAAGUUCAAGGGCGACAUCCUUGGUAAGGAUGAGCUCUAGAUGGCAGUGGAUGUAUGAUGGGUGGGCAUGAACGGGGGACGUGCAAGUAAAUUGUGGCAGCAGUGAAUGAUGACGGUGUUUGUGUCGCACGAGCAUCCUUUGAACUGCAGUGAAUGAAAUGUGUUGCGGUGAAAAGAAGCCCUUUCUGCCUGAGGCUGCUUCUUGGCAAAGCCAGGGCACCAAUCGGAGGAGCCCCACCCACAACCCUCGCCCGUCGAGCGUUUGUUU